GAGAGUAAAGAUACAGAGCCUACUUCUACUUUGUGCUAAAAAUCAUGCUCAAGUUCAACGAAGGAAUAGUUACCCAACACUCACAAUCGACAGUACUAAUGGACCCGUCUACUCAACAACCUAGUAGUUCUUGAUACAACUUACUUAUUUCUAAAAUCGCGGUAGAACAACAACAAGAAUCGAAAAUGAGUUUUCCGAUCCGAGCUACGUGCUCCAUCUCUCCGAAGGGAAAACCGUGCGGCGGCGGAGAGGAGCAGGCGCCCGGCUGCACCGGUGUCGUCACUUUCGUGCAGUUAUGUUGAAUAGAAGGCAUGUUUGACUUUGAUCUUCGGAAUCGGAGGUGAAAACUACAAGAAAAAUUCGACUACAGAAGUGUUGACUUGGUCGACUGGUGGAUAUGCUGGAUAAAAUAUUGAUCUUACUUCACUUCUUAAUCAUCGGAGACAUGAAUACUGAUACAUAGAAGUGUUGAAAAAAUCGAUAGUGACAGAAACAAGUCAAAAUCACGUCUAAUACCUGAAUCCGAGGACAAGUGCGUGAUUACAUGUUAAGGCAACUAUCCACGUAUGCUUAAUAUGCUUUAGCCUCGCGGGAACCUUUAUCGGGUUGAGACGAGAAAGUAAACUGCGUCAUAGCAUCAGCAUGGUUUCUGUCUUGUUGACAAUAGUAGAUACUAAUAUUGGGUGAAGAUAUUAUGAAAAGAAAUGUGCAAAAAGUAAAAGGCGCACUUUUUCUCAAAAGUUGGAGUGUGUGUGUGCGUGCGUGCGUGUGUUUUUUGUUUCCGUCGCUGCCCGAGAACAUCCAAAAAAACGCUGCCACUGGAUAGACUCUGGCGAGGAUCUGGCGUAAGCGGAAACUUCUAUCUCGUCUAAUCUUCGGAUCUCAAGUUAUGGCUAGUUUUCGAGACCACAGCGCUAAUCAGACAUUUUGAAAUCAUGCAUAGAUAGGUAGAAAUCAUACAUUGAUAGGUAACGGACUUUCCGCUUUUAUUUGGUCCCUUUGUUAGGCAGAUAGCCGAAUAGAUUCACAGCAUCAAGUUCAAGGCCAGUUUUCGAAAGUGCAGCAAACAAGCCAGGUGGAGCCGGUUAUAGCUUGUACUUCCCACUCCUACAACAACCUCAUUUUCCACAUCCUCAUCUUCCACUUCCUCCAACAGUCCUCCUCUAAUCCUUGGAUGCGGAAAAGCGGGACUUCAUGGGUUCCAUAUUCACGAAAAAGCUGACUUUUCGAAUGGGUGUAUGUCGGCUGGACCCCAUUGGAAUCCUCAUGGUACUAAUUACUACUCUAUUUUUUAUUGUUUGUACUAGUGUACAUCGAUCAUCUUCAACAUUUUGCUCUUGCUCUUUUUACUCUUUUUGUGAAAGAGGAGCCUGAAGAGAAAAGAAUAUCAGCGUCUAUUUCGAUGGAAGUUUGGCUACUUUUGACUUUUAUCACCAUUAUCAAAUUCAAGAAUCAAGAACGGACAUCACACCCUGUUCGCCUCGCAUAGUACCAAUUGACUUUGAGACUCGUGUCCUGGAUGUAAAAAAAACAAAUAGUCUUCAACAUCAACUUCGUAGUUCGUAGUUCCUGCUCGAGGGGUCCUUAAAUAUGUUUACUUCAUGCCUCUAGCAAAAUAUAUUGAACAAUUUUUAUAGGUAAAAAUCACGGCGCACCUUCGGAUGAAGAUCGCCACGCUGGUGACAUGGGAAAUAUCACCGUGGAUGAGAACGGCGAGUCAAAAGGUUCCUUGACGGAUCAUCUGAUCAAUUACGGCAAUAUUUCUCUUGUCUUUCAUCUUCAGAAUGCCCUUACAAAAAAAAUAACAAUGUAUAUUACUCAAAGGUAUAUGAUGAUGGACCGAGAUCGUAGAUGUAGAUCGAAAUAACAAAAUGUAACUCGAUGCAGUCGAUGAGGUACCAGAAUCUCACCUCUCUCCUGCUCUCCUGUCUCUAAUCCGAAAUAUUUGGUGAAUUCACGGUCGUUGGUCGCAGCGUUAUGGUCCACGCUGACGAGGAUGAUUUGGGCAAGGGAGACCACAGUGAGCCUGGCACUAAUGGAAAGACCUCGCUGACCACCGGAAACGCAGGUGCGCGCAUCGGCUGCGGCGAGAUCAUAUUGUGCUAAGCUACAUGUACUUCUGUGCUAUACAUUUGGAUCACUCGUAGCAGUAACACGGAGUUGUAUCAUGCAACAGUAUGUAAUAAGUAGUAAACGGUAACAAGUAGUAUGACUAGCAACAGUAGAGCAAGUAGCAGUACUUAUGAUGCAAUUCUAAUUCCAUACAUCAGCUGAAGAAGUAAAAGGAGUAGGCUCUACUAGAAGCUACUAGUGCUAAAAUUUGUUUGAUUUUAUGGUGCGUUGUGCUUGUAGGUCGUUACCGAAGAUAUCGAUAUGCGUUAUCAUGUUGUUUCAUCUUCACAGAAAACACCUCUAGACUAGGCACAAUCAGCAUCAUCAUCAUCAUCAUCAUCAUCAUCAAUUUAACAUGUAGUAGAAUUUUUGUUGAUACCUCAUCAGAAAUGCUCAACGUCAAUACCACACACCCCCUCAACUCAACGUCAGGAUGCAAAGCAAGAUAUAAUCGGACCCACGAAGAUGUUAAAAACCGGAGAACAUCGUCGACACCCAUUGUGGGGCUCGAAUUUUGAUGAAACUGAUGAAGCCUCUUGUUCGUUUACUCCGCAAACAGAAACGCAUAUUGAGCUGCUGCAUUCAUAUACCAUUUGUGAAUCUUCUGCUCAGGAAAAUAACAAAGGAAACCAUAGAUAGCACUUAAUAGCACUUACAUGAUGAUGACAUUAGCAUUUAUUUUGGUGUGAGCUUUUCCCAGACUUUGAAGAUCCAAGUCCCUACGUCUAAAUUUAUGUCGAUAUCUAGUUGCACAGCCAAGCGGCCUGAGGCUUCGAGGAGUUAGGGGUAUUUUCUUAUAAAGAAUAUUCAAAGCUCUCUCACUUAUCUUUUUUGGGCAGCAACAUUCAUCUGCGUCUUCUAUCUAUCAAAAGCUUCAUUGCGUCGCUAUAGUCUCGAGAUCGCUCAUCAAUGUCAAAUCUCUCACCAUGUCAUGACUUGUACACUGUACAUCGCUACUGCUAGGAUGUCUAGCGCGACCACUGUUCCUACUAGAAGAGGACUCAACCUUCAUACGCAGAAGCAGCGAUCAGGAUCAUUCUCAAGCGAGUGAGAUGAACACGCUAUUAAAGAGCUUCUAUUGCUGAAGACUUAGAAUCUCCCACUGCUGCACUUACAAAUGCCUCCCUUGGCUCAAGGGGGGUAGCGUGACUGAAUUCCUAAUUGGUGACCAGAAAUUUUUUCUGAAAUCUCCAAAAAAAUCCAAAUAAAUGAAUGAAUGCAUGGAUGCGAUAUCACUGGUACUGCUGCUGACGUUUAUCCACGACUUGAGUUUACACUUCUUCCUUUCUUCCUCUUUUUUCUCUGCUUCGUCUAUCUUCAUCAAGAACAAAAGACACAGGAUAAGGCGAAAACAGUGAGGAACUUGCUACGUCUUCAUACCAACUUGUGCCCCAUUUUUCAGCCUUGUUGUCACGUAGUUGGUCAUAAACUUAUUUAAGCCUUUGAGCCUUUGUUGGCCAGUCAUAAGCAGCCAAUUUGCGUCCUAGUGUAUUAACUCUGAAGGUGCUGUACCAUAAAGUAGACAGAAGAUUAGGGUGGUGGAUUAGCCCCCUGGUGUGGUUCCCCAGGGGGAGGAUAUGAUGGGAACCAGAGCCACUUGCUAGACAAAACACACGCGCGGACAUGCUUGAACAGGCGCCACAAUCGAGAAAAAGCCUGAGAGGUGUCAGCCUUGGCGCGGCGACAUCGGGCGCGCUGCCGCGGGGCGGCGAGCCUCAUGAGUGCGCGCCGCUUGCCUCCGGAGGAUAUGUGGACACCUGGCAGGGGUGGAAGCGCCUGCGGGCCUAUCUUCAAGCGGAAGGCAUAAGCAGGCACAUGCCACGCCUUGGGGAUUUGUUCGCCGGGGUCUGAGGAGUUCAGGGGCCUCGCCGGUCUGCGGGGGUUCAGAGGUGUCGGGCGUUGCCCGUGGGGCGCGGCGCUGCAAGCAAGUGACGCGACUGCACGCAAGCAAGCGGCGCGACUGCAUGAGGCCGCCGCCUCCCACCACUGGGCAGCGUGGGCCACGGGCUUGGGCGAUUGGAGAGCGCGGCGCCAAAGCGGGCGCUUUAACUAAGUUCCAAAGCUCAUGGCGUAACUGCGCGGGCCCAGGACUGGGGGGAGAGGAGAGCGGGACACCAAGGCAGUACUUUGACGCCUUAACUUUCAGAAUUCGCCCCUCACUUUUCAAAAUUCACGCCCUAACCCUCAAAAUUCACGCCCUAACUUUCAAAGCUCACGCCUUGACUUUCAAAGUUCAUGCGCUAACUUUCAAAGUUCACGCCUCUGCCUUCGCAAUUCAUGCCGGGACUUUCAAAGUUCACGCCUUUACGUUCAAACUUCAUAAAAUUCAUGUCCUAACUUUCACAGCUCACGCCUUAACUUUCAAAAUUCAUGCUCUAGCACUCAAAUCAAAGGGGCGACUUUUGCCCGCAGAAAUCGCGGUUUAUGCCGAUGACUACUAGCGGAGGGGAGGGAGCUCUCACAUUUGUGAACUCUUUCAUCUCCUCCGGGGCCGUGAGUGCAAUGACCCUAUUCAAGCUCACACCAUUCUUCCAUUCAUUGGCACUUUUGUUGCCCUCAUUACUCAGCGANUCCCACCACUGGGCAGCGUGGGCCACGGGCUUGGGCGAUUGGAGAGCGCGGCGCCAAAGCGGGCGCUUUAACUAAGUUCCAAAGCUCAUGGCGUAACUGCGCGGGCCCAGGACUGGGGGGAGAGGAGAGCGGGACACCAAGGCAGUACUUUGACGCCUUAACUUUCAGAAUUCGCCCCUCACUUUUCAAAAUUCACGCCCUAACCCUCAAAAUUCACGCCCUAACUUUCAAAGCUCACGCCUUGACUUUCAAAGUUCAUGCGCUAACUUUCAAAGUUCACGCCUCUGCCUUCGCAAUUCAUGCCGGGACUUUCAAAGUUCACGCCUUUACGUUCAAACUUCAUAAAAUUCAUGUCCUAACUUUCACAGCUCACGCCUUAACUUUCAAAAUUCAUGCUCUAGCACUCAAAUCAAAGGGGCGACUUUUGCCCGCAGAAAUCGCGGUUUAUGCCGAUGACUACUAGCGGAGGGGAGGGAGCUCUCACAUUUGUGAACUCUUUCAUCUCCUCCGGGGCCGUGAGUGCAAUGACCCUAUUCAAGCUCACACCAUUCUUCCAUUCAUUGGCACUUUUGUUGCCCUCAUUACUCAGCGAUCACGUUCUCAUUGUGAUCACCGUUCAUUUGUUUUUUUCCCACCCACCGUCCCGUUCAUCAUGGCUCACAGAGGCUCGUAAGUCCCCAGCCACGGCUGCGACUACCCUCAGAGCCAGGACGAGCUCAUUCGCUUUUACUAAUAAUCCAUCGAGCUACGCUCUUCCCUUCUGUAAUCCGUUCUUUUUUUAAAGAAAUCAACCAACUUCAUAGCGCAACUUUUCAUCAGUACGCAAUUUUAUAGCAGUCGUUUACUGUCAAAGUCUCGUCCUGGCGAGUCUCUGCAUGAGUCCUGAGAAUCUUUCUGGCCACUUCAGCCAGGGAGGCGCGCUUAUCAACGCGACAAGUGGUCGAGCUCUGCCUCUGUCACCUGAGUGCGGUGCGUGUGAAUUUGAGAUGGCGUCAUCCUGUCUGUAAUGUGCUCUACGAGCGAUCUCGUCUGAAAGUGAGUUUCAAUGAGGCACUUUAAGAGUCGUAACGCACUGACGUCGUUCUCGCUCAACAGUAUCAACUCAUCCAUCGAACUUCCAAACUCAACGAAUCAGUCACCUCGUUUGUUCCUUUGAAUUGCAACCCUGUCGCUCUUUGUCAUAGCCCGUUUCAGAAUGGGAAACAAAAAAUUGAAGAAUGUAUGCUGGUCAGCAGCAGACUCCGCUGCGCAGAUCCUCACUAGAAUCCGCAGCGACAUCUCCAAUGUGCAUGAUGUCAAACUAGAGCAGAUCAUUGAUGAGAAGAAUUUUCAAUUGUACCUGCAAGGCUAUCCCACCAUCGAGUCCGUUACCUCCGGCCUGGCUCUCCUUGAAGAGCUGGACGCAAAUUCUUGGUGUCCUCCAUCUUCUGAAUUGCAUGAAAAUUUUUUUGAUGUCUCAAACAAUUCCGUUAUCGGCUUUAAAAACAUUGCUCUUAUCAAGAAGCUAAAUACCCUAUUUAUGCCUGAAGAUCCCGAUGUUUGGACGUUAUUUUUACGGGGCGGCACCUGCGUCGGCAAGGUAACUUGCCCGCCCGGUUGGGUGGACAGGAAACCAAAGCUAGACGAUGACGUCUCUAGCAUGUGUGAGCGUUUCUGCUCCAGGCAUGCCAUAGCAAAUAGAGUAAAGCCCGCCUUCAUGGAUGAUAGUGUCCUGCAACUUAUCUGGGAUACUUCCCUCGACGAGGCACGCGAAGGGAUUCUGCAUGGGCCUUUCCCAAUUGACUCUCUGCCAAGCGAAGUCGAGGCACUUGUGCCUCGCUUCGCUAUUUGGCAGAAGAACAAGUACCGUAUGAUAGACGACGCACGAGUCUUUAACAACUCUGCGCAUCUGUCUAAAAGAAUUCCUUUACCGAGCCCACUAGAGGCUCUGGCCACCGCAACUGUUGCGGCCCGCCUGUCUCUUGAUCCAAGCCUGGGCCGAGGCGUUGCCGGCAAAUUCGUAGUUAAUCCUAAGCGCCGCAGAAUCGAGAAGCCCGACGUCGACUCCUGUCCGCCGGCCUCUCUUUCCGGUGACGUUGUCAUUAAUGAUUUCUUCGAAAACUUGAAUUUUCCACCCGAUGAUCUCUUAGGGAUCGACGGCUUUGUCAUAGAUAUCGAGCGCGCAUACAAAAGCGUGGGCAUCGUUGCCACCCAACAGCACGCGAACUAUAUCGCAGUCUUUGACCCUUCUAGUUCAAAAUUCUUCGCGUUUCGCUCCUCAGCGCUUUUGUUUGGUAAUACUCAUAGCGUCGUUGUUUGGGUCAGGGUGUCCCUGUUGAUCGCCGCGGCGAUCCGGGGCCUCUUCCAGAUUCCCGUUGCUGUUUAUAUCGACGACUAUCAUAGUUUUGUUAAGAAACACUUUGGCCCCCGGUGCGCCGCCGCUGUAUGUAGACUCCUUGAUAAGGUUGGGCUUGGCUACCGUGAAGAGAAGAUGGACGUUAGUUCCACCUCUAUCACGUUACUUGGAUUAGUUUUCUCUCUUGUGGGGCAGCCGUCGGUCAAAGUUAGUACCGACCGCGCCGCAGCCUAUCGCGACAUUAUCGAGGGCGUCCUGCGAGAGGAGCGUCUGACGGUUUCGCAGGCCGCUGAACUGUAUGGCAAGCUCUCGUUCGCCUUCUGUGCAGUCUGCGAACGCAGACUGCAUCCUCUCCUUCGCCCUUUGAUGCUGCGCAUGUUCCAACAACACGGUGACGCCACGCUCCACCGUGUUCUUCGGGCGUCGUUGUCGGCAUGUGCCGAGCUGCUUUUUUCGUUACCACCCCGAAAGCUGUUGUCUCUACCUACUCGCUUUCUUAUCUAUUCGGACGCGUCCUGGUCUAAAGGUCGCGGAGUUAUAGCAGCAGUACUGGUAGACUUAGCUAGCGUUAAAAGUGGGCAUGCCUUCAACGGACCUUUUCGGUUCUGGCGCCUUAACGUCGACAAAGGAAUGAUCCACGAACGGACCAACGCCUUUCCAAUCAAUUUUCUAGAAGGUGCUGCCGCGCUUGUAGCAGUCAAGCACUGGGGCCCCCUGCUUGCCGGACACAGAGUUUUUCUCUACGUCGACAACACGGCAGCAGAGGGAACCCUAGUGCGGAUGAACAGCGGCAAAGGGCACUUAGCGGCCCUUUCUUUUUUGUUUUGGGAAUAUGUAUCAAGAAUGUCGAUAGCCCCUAUUUUAGGACGCGUCCCAUCCAACGACAACGUCGCUGACUUACCGACGAAGCCUGGAGAUGUUUUCAAUCUCUGGCGCAAUAGCUUUGAUGUCACCGAGGAAUUUUUGAUUGAAUCUCUGAUCGUCGAAGUGAGGCAGGUGCUGCUUUUGCAGGUCCAGCACUCCGCUGUGUUGUUGUCUUAAUGAGUAAACUUCGUUUCUGAGUCAACUCAUCAAGGACUAUAGGCCCUCUCAAUAACCAUCGCCAUCCUUUUUUAUUCUCUACUUCAUUCCAACCUCGCGCCCCAUUUUUCAAACGUAGCGUCUGUCAGUUAAGAAGUUCAUUUGUCCUUUCUGCAUUUGGUCACUAAGUCAAUCGCCAUAAAUCAGAUUUGAGCCUCUCGGGCUUCUUGUUUCAACUCAGAAAAAGCAUGGCUCUUGUAGGACAAAACGUGCAGGACGCCUUCGCCGUCCUGGCGAACGAGGCGGCAAUCGACCGCCCCGACCAGCACAAGUGCCGUUUUGUGAAAGGAGUCUGCCAGGCUCGCAUGGGCCUCCUCCUCAUUGGAGUCACUGACUCCGACACUCUUGCCAUUGAAAAGCUCAGAGUGGCCGGGUAACUUCCUUUCCUCAUUUUACACAUUUCUGCGUCGCAAUUCCCUUAGUCAUCCUCUCAACAUCCUAGAUUUCAUAGAGCAGUAGCUUCUCUUGUCACUCAUCGCGGCGCGCGUUACUCAGUUCAUUCAUUUACUCUUCCAGGUGCUUGCACGAAGCAAAGAUGCAUAAGGGCAAAGUUCUCGAGACCGUCACCCGUCACGCCGUUAUCACUCUGUUGCUCGACGGGUACGUCGCCGCCGUCCCGGCCGAUGCCGAGAAUCAAGUUUUGGCUGUCCCGGAGAAUAUCCCCGACGACGUUGUUCACCGCGCGGGUCUCCUCGGUACCAACGUUAUGCACCUGUUCACUACUGAGACCGUGAGAAAAGCCUCUGAUGAUAAUCUGAAAGAGGCAGCUGAGGACACCUACUCCCGCAAGAUGGUGCGACUUGCAGGAGCUGGAGUUGUCGGCGGUCGUACCUACGGUGAGCGCGUCGAGGAUUUUUUCUCUCUCGGCGGCUUUCAGGACGCGAUGGAAUUCUGUCUCGAACGGUAGGCCGUACAUGGUUUGUUGAAAACUUGUUAUCUCUCUGUUACUAAGCUUUAUUCGGCGUUCAGCUUUUCUGAAGAACUAACUUCCGUUCUACUCAUUUCAAUUACACUCAUUCACAGUCUGGAAAAUCGUGAAACCAACAAGAGGAUGGUGGCGCAGGCUGAUGAUUUGAAGGCCAAGCUGGAAAAGGCCAACUCGUCUAACCGAAGCUCACCGUACUCGAAGUCGUCGAGCGUGAGCUCUACACCACAGAAGCCGCGAUACUGCUUCGCGUGGCUGAAGCUGGAAAGACCUCGUCCGGCCAAGUGCACCAACGAGGCGUGCCGCUUUCUGCAUGCGGUGCCACCUCGCUCCGAAUGUGAAGAAAUCAAGAAGUAAUCGAAGGGCUUAUCCCAGUGGGACCUUGUGGCCGAAUUCGGCAAUUAACUUCCUUUCACGUAUUAGACGUUUAGUGCUAAGCAAAAACUUUCUUUUUCUCGUGACUGUCAACAAUCAGCCACAUGCUACAUCUCGAUCUUUCCUCUUCAUUACCAAGAAUGUGAAAUUGUUAGUUUGAACUCAAGUUAGAACCAUCAUCAGCUCAUGUCAGUGUCUGCAAUUUGUUUUCGAUUUAAUCAUUCAAAAGUAAUCAGAUAUUUUAACUCACUCAACGACAAACUGGCUGCCAACUAGCUACUUAGAAUUAGCUCACAUCAUUCGAAGCGAAGUCAUGAAUUGUUGUUAAUUAUAUAUCAAGCAACCACUGCACUUCAACCACGUCGUUGCUUUUGUUCGACUAGUCUUCUCGUACUCAUGCACGCCUCGCAGUUCCAAGAAUCAGCAUAGGUGACAGUAAGAACAUGAGUUGGAGCAUGGGCGCAUUGUCAAGUCCCACUGGGCCGUCCUCUCCACAAUUGAGCAUGUCAAUUAGCUCUCCAGUACGUACUGCGUCUUUUAAGAAAUUACACAUGCAAACGAUUAACCACGUGGGGCAAUCGUCUCCUCCCGCCGGUUCUGCGCGGAUGAAUGCUUGGGGCGACGCUCUCACACGAAUUGAGAGCCUUAGAAGCUACACCACAUCAUUCACAGCUCCGCUUUCUCGCGACUUUGCGAAUACUUAACAUAUGAGCAGUCUUGUCACCUGUCAUCUGUCUAUCAAGUUUAGCCUGCAGUUGUUAUCGUUAGUUUUUCUUUUUUCUCUGAUAUGCGCAUCGCCUACAUUGCAAUGUACUAUCUACACAGACGAAAAGAUGGGCUCUCCUCCCCUCACAACAACAAUGGGCCGUAUGCCGCUGUACCCACACCGGCCACUGGAGGCCCGGGCGGCCCAGGCGAAACGCUCAUCUGGGCAAAAUUCGCUGAUGGGUCUUUCCGCAAGUGCCUCGUCAAACACGGCAUCAACGAGGUAGAGGGUGGCUUAGCGUUAGCUCCGCCUUCUUCGUCGAAUGGAAGCUCAUCUUCUUCUUCCUUUUCCAGGUUACCGCGCGUAGUUUCCGGCGCCUUCCGGUCACCGGAAGCUGCGGCCGCCGCCGGGGCGCCGCCUCUGACAGCACCCACCGAUCACAUUGUCGCUUCGUUGACUAACGACAAGCUGUUCUCUCGCUUUCGCGACUUCGUUAAGACGCAGAAGGCCAUGGUCCUUCAUCCUGACAUGGCCACCAAAGACAAGAUAGCGUUGCUCGCGUCCAGAGGUCCCACGUUAGCUCGCAAAACAGUCGCGGCCAACACCAGCUUCGUUAAAGGUGAGUCCAUUCGCACGUGGGAUAGCUACCUCUCUCACUUCCGCCAGUACCUCGAGUACUGCACUAGCAUCUCAGAACGCCCGAUGCCUUUCCACGUUUACAAGGUCGAAGGGUAUCUAGCCCUACAGAAGUGCGCAAGCACCAUGGGCGUGGCACGCGCUGCGCUGCGCAAAGUGGCCAUGUCUCUCAACAUCCCUUGGCCGAUCACCAUAGAUUCCAGCGCUCUCAGCCGGGGACUUCGACGGCUGCAACCUCCAGCGAGGAUCAAAGACCCGAUCAGUCCCGCUUGCCUCAACCGAAUCAUCAACUUGCAGUCCGUCUCAUUGCACAUGAAGUACGCAUUCGCCAUUUCUUGGAUCUGCUUGCUGAGGUGCGGAGAUGAAACAUUGCAACUCCGCCGAAGUGCCGGCAGUCAUGAGGAAGACUCCUCAAAACGAUUAAUCGCCCCCUCUGCAGUCUUCGCUGACGUCCGCCACAAGACGCUGAUCAUCCGCCUUAAGAGUCGCAAGAACCUUCUCGAAGGCGACCUUGUACAUCGGUCAUGCACGUGUGAAGCAGUAGAUCGCGGUGCUCACUCAUCUUCAUCGGCGUCGACCGCCUUGGACCAUCUUCACUGGGCAAUUGAUUUCUGCCCCUUCUGCUGCUUCUACCAAAAAUUCGUGAGGUCUGCGCCAGCAGGAGGACUUCUGUUUCCUCGCUUCUCCUACGCCGACGUUUUGAAGCAGCUGCAGGACGUGACCACCAGGCUAGGUGAAUGCGGCAACUUUGCCACACACUCGUUGAGGAAAGGAGGCUGCGCAGCUGUAGCUGCGUCUGGCGCCAGUUAUGGCCAGGUGCUGGCCGCCGGCCGCUGGAGCUCGAAAGGGCAGGCUUGGCGUAGAUAUGUCAACGAACGCGCGCUGGAGUGCUCGGCACUGCUGCUGGCUGCCAAGGACUCGAAACUUGAUUCAUUAACCGACGACGAAGAAGAUGAUAAUGCAUUGAUUGUCUCAACCGACUAGCUCUUUCGAGCACAGUCCCCUCUUUUUCCCUCCUGGAUGAAACUUUGACUCCCCCCCCCCCUGACAUAGCUACACAUCCUCCCCCCCUCUCCGAACUUCAUCAACCUAUCCGUUUUGCUACACCAUUUGCUACUAAUGAUCCUCUUCACAACACCAGCGCGAGCUUCUCCAUGCUCGCAGCCGGCCCACUACCCUCCCGACAGGUGGUUCUAUGCACACGCGGCGCUGUUUAAGGCUCUGCCUCACGCGAGCCGUCAUUUGUUUGCGGUGUGUACAGGUAAUUGUGACUAGGGGCGUGCUCGCACUUUCUUUUUUGCGCACACUCCCAGUUGGCACGAUAAAGAAGACAGUCGCCCGCGUCGCGCGGCAAAGUCUUCCAAAUGGCGGCUCUUGAUCAUCUAGUUUAGGCUCUCUGCUCGUACCAACGUUCUUUGCCAAGAGAGUCAGUCCUGUUCGAGUCGCCAUAUUUUCACGGGAACAGUGUCGUGCCUCAACUAGUCCCCCACCUUCAUCGUAGCAAGUUAGGCAUCAGCAUAAAGCACACGGCUAAACUUUCAAAGUUCAUGCCUUAACUUCAAAGCCCAUGCCUUAACCUUCAAAAUUCACGCCUUGGCCAUCAAAGAUUACGCCCCAACCUUCAAAAUCCAUGUGCUAACGUUGGCGCAAAAUUCAUGAAAUUCAUGCCCGAACGUUCAAAAUUCAUGCCCUAACUUUCGAGAGUCAUACUGCAACUUUCAAAAUUCAUGUCUUGACUUUCGGAAUUCGUGCCCUAGCUUUCAAAGUUCACGCCCUAAAUUAAAAACGCAUGUUGGCCGAACGUGUUGCAGAAGUCACGCCGUAACUUAAAACUCAUGCCCUAACGAACUUACUUGCAAAGUUCAUGUCCUAACUAACUUCCAGAAUUCUGCCCUAAAUUUCGAAACUCAUGUACUAACGCUCAGGGCUCAUGGCUUAACUUUCGCACUUCAUGGCCUGGCCUUCACAAUUCAUUCGCUGACUCUCAAAGUUCACGCUUUUACUUUCAGAAUUCACGCCCUAACUUUCAAAGUUCACGCCUCAGCUUUCAGAAUUCGCGCCCUAAGUAACUUGCAAAGUUCAUAAGUAUAGCAAAGAGCUGCGUGCUUUUGCGGUGUUGUCUCCGCGUGUCUUGGUCUUCAAAAAUUAAAACUCAAAACUCAAAAUCACAAGCAAAGUUCAAAAUUUGUUGGACCACAAGAGCACAGGCCUCCGCGCCAGGUUCGUUUCUCAGUGGAAACACAGUGCCUGAAUCUUGAUAGCAAGCAAGUCUUGACAUCCCUGCCUGAGACUUAUGAUCUCUGGCUGGUGUAGUCCUUGUUUGGUUCAUUGGGUAAGAAAGAUGGGUCAUACAUCAUCAGCAUAAGCAUGCCAGAAGGGAUCGGGCUGGACAUGCAUCAUACGACUAGGAUCAGCACGGCCGUGCCUAGUCUACGCCUUGAUCAUUAUGAUUAUGCAUUGACUGCGCUUUGGAAGUAGCAUGCAUGAUCAUUGGCAUUCGCGUCCAUGUGAGACCAUCCCGGUGACAGUCGAGCGCGAGGCUUUGCGUGAGCCACUGAGAACAGAACAACACGACAUCCGAGAGGCUUGAACCAUACAUGACCAACGCCCCUCCUCAAUCGAUGCGGGUCGAAGUCCGUCUCACGUGACAGCCUCACUGUGUGUCGAGUCACGGUAGUCACAUCUCUUGUUGAGUGUAUGCGACCUGGCUACGGUAGCUUAGAAACCAAAAUAAACCGAAUAUAUUACGCUAUAGUAAGCUAAAUCGUCCUCAUCUGUUUCAUCAUCAGAGGAAUCACAGUCAUCGUCUGUACUUUGAGUUAUCGGAUUAUCUACGUGAUGUAGUAUAGGUCUACGCUGAGUGGCACUGCGCGUUAGUUUCGAAAGUGGGUCUGCCUUCAUCAAGUUGGUAGGACAGAGCACGAUCUUACUAGCAGCGUCGCGCACUCUUAGGCAACGUAAAGCAUAGUGUCUACUUUUAGGGCGAGCGUCUGUUGCUUUGGCUGUUGUGAUCGCAGACUGGUUGUCUAUCCACAAUACAGCAUUGUCUAGGGAGGGUGGCAAGCCGUUCUGUGUGUGUACCAACUGAGUUGGAAGAGGCUUAUAGAAGUCAGCGAAGUCAUGCAUCUCACUGAGCACUAUCGUGUCAGAAGCUGCAAUAUACUCACUCUCAGCCGUUGAGUAGGCUCUAGCCGUUUGUCUGUUACUCCUCCAUGCUAUGUAUGGGCGUACCUUUGUAGUGCAUUAUAUAUGGAUCCACUUGUGCUUCUCAUUGUGAUGAUGCAGCUGGCGAAACCAGCAUCACUGAAUAUGUUCACUUCUGGCAUAUCUCUGCCGUCUGGUCGAAGUUUCUCAUAUAUUUUGUUGAAUUCUUCCUCCUUUUCUGGUGAGUAUUCUACUCCUUGGUCUUUUGUUGGCACCAGAUAUUUCAGGACUUUCUUGGCUGCUUUGGCCAUUCUUGCUGGCGUGGGUUUACUGACAUGUCUAGCCAACGCUGCCACCGGUGCAGAGAUGUCCGGGCGCGCGGUUACGGCUACCCAUAGUAAGGCACCAACUACCUCACGAAAGGGAUACGCGUCAACUAUCUUGAUCCCGUCUUCAAGAAAAGUUGUUUCGUCAAAAUUGGGCGAGUAAACCGGUUUCCCUCAUUGAGCUUCAUACCUCUUAGCAAUUUUAUCGAUGUACUGCUCCAUGCACAGUCUGAACGACUUAGCUUCGCGGCCAUAGUACACGAUCGCACCGAAGAAGUCGAACUUUACCCAUUCGAGACCCCAGGGGGUUAGAACUGACUCGACUUCAAUCGCACGGCCAGGAGCACGUGCGAAAAUGAGGCCUAGUUCGGUCUUGGGCUCAUCUUGGUCAGGACCUGUAGCAAGAUUGUCAUCUACAUAGACAGACAUCUUCAGGAACUUCCCCGGUGCUUUGCUGCUCGGUUUGUGCCACAAUCCAGGCGCAGAAGUACACGGCUCCCAACCAAGACUGGCUAGAGUCUCGUGGUACUUCUUGAACCAUGCUCGUGGUGCAUCCUUCAAGCCGUAUAGAGCUUUCUUGAGCUUCGCGAUCUCGUAUCCAUGCUGCUUCGCCCAGAUGGGUGGAAGACGGCAGUAGACAUCUCGAUCGAGUUCGGCAUUGAGGAGCGCUGAAUCUAAAUCGAACGGGAUCACAUAGCCCCCUUCUGACGCAGCAGAAGUGAGGAGCAGCCUUACCUAUUAGCAGCAUGUGAUACCACGGGAGCAAAGGUGUUUAGCUCUCCUGAACGAUCUAAAUUACCGAGUAAGCAGGCUCUUGCCUUGUAUUUUCCGCGUCUCUUUCUUGUUAAUAUGAUGGCAAUUGGUAGAGCCCGCCACGCGGUUGCUAGCUGCUCGUCAGUAGCUUCUUCCCACGUUUUAGAGGCUAGUAGUCUCGCAUGCUCAACGUCAAUGACUUCCUUCCACUUUUCAGCUUCAGGACUCCCUAAUGCAUUGGCAGCGGACAGCAUCGCGUGUGAUUCGACGAUUUCCUCAUCUUCGUCUAUCUCACACGUGCCACCGCUAGCACUUGCGAACAGCGCCGGACUCUUUCUGAGUUCUUCCAUCUGUUUCUUUGUUCUACGAAUCCUUCCUCCAGCCUUAUCCUUGGCUCCUUUCGGUCGGCCACGCUUCUUGUCGUGUGUAUGGCGUUCGCCUGCCACAACGCGCGCGGGAGGUAGCGCUUUCGAUCUAGUCGGACGAGGUGGGUCAGAGACUCGACCCUUCGCCUCAGCUUUCCCCUCCUCAAGUGGAACACCUUUAGGAGAGUCAGCCACGUCGGAUUCAGCCUUCUUGUCUAAGGUUUCAGCGUGUAGUUCUUCGGGAAUGCCGGUCGGUCCACCUGAGGCGCGCUCCGUGCCAGAGAACCCCGAUUGCUGGCCCAGCCUUUGCACUGGCUGCCCAAUCAAGGGGGAGCCCAGCGACGACGCCCCACGCUGCAAGUUUUCCAGUUCAUCGCGCUCAUAAUAAAAGCCCUUUUUAUCUGGCGUUAGCCAGUCUAUGUCCUUUAUUAGAUAGCCCUCUCUGAACUUGACAUCUAGGGUAGAGUAUUCCGCCCAUCGAUGUCCAAGCUUGCAACGAUCGCCAUGAGCGAAAGUCGCAACCAACCAACCAGACGACUUCGGACCGACAGAGUCCAAGGAAGACGCCACGGCGAUACUUGGCCGAGAGCUUGGGUUCAGGAGUGUUGGCUUGGAUUUGUUCACGAAAGUAAACAAGACAACCAAAUCGGCGGAGCAUGCCGAUCUUGCUUUUGGAAGAAUUUCCACCAGUUCUUUCUUCUAGAGUCUCUAUUGGACUCCUUCCGUCGUGUUCUGGCAUUUUAGCGUAAUUAUGCGGAAGACGAUCCCAGCAGUCACCAGCCCACUCAACGCAGUAACACCAAAGACGUCGAUCAGCCUUAACCUUCGGUAGCAUUGUUCUCACGCUGCCAAACAAGGUCCGCGUAAAACGUUCAACAGUCCCACUCGUUUCCGGAUUAUAAGGAAAAGCCGGACUGUCUGAGACCCGCAGCGAUUGCGUGAGUUUGGUCAUGUCAUCACUGCCGGGGACUGGUUCUCCAUCCCUCCGGAUGAACCGUACUGCCUUGUCAUCUAGCGAUAAGGAGUAGUCCUGUCGAAUGCUUUUUAUGACUUGUUCCAUUUCCUCCACACAGUCACUUUUGAGCUUCAGCGGUCGACAAAGCGCCCUCUUAAUUGCGUCACAUAUGACAACUAGAACACAUCGCAUAGGUGUCACUGAAACAGGUUUUAUUCCUACAGCAAAGUCUAUUGCGAGUAGUUUGAGGGGUUCGGGUUUGUAUGUGGUCACGUCUCUAGAUUUUGCGUGGGGUUUUCGUUGUCCUUUAUGUGGGUCACAUUCGGGGUAGACCAUCUAUGUGAAAGUGUCCACAUCUUCUGUGUAGUUCUAAUCUCGUAAGAUAGCAACUAGAGACACCUUCUUCAAUGGAUGCACAAGUGAAACCAUUUUCAUGCUUGUUUUCAAAGAAACUACAUGCGAGUGCGGGUAGCUGCAAGCGUGGGUGGGCUCUGAUGGGUAGCAUCUGGCCGGUGUCCGUGUGGACGAUACAGCCACCAGUCAGUGCCUUUGGGAUUGAACUCCCACCCUAAUUGUGAGCAGUUUCCGUCUCCUAACCAUGGCAAUGCGCGAUCUAUGUUUCCAGGUAGAGGAUCAUAGUAAGCUCCGUUCUUUAGUCCAAGUAUGUUGUUCUUGAGUUUUCCGAUUCUUCCGUCUUUAGUGCCUGCGCUACCUGUUAUUCUGCAAAUGUUGUUACCAAUUUCGUCGAAAUCUUCUCUGUGUCGUGAAAGAUAUUUGCUUGCGCAGCUCUCAACUAGAGUUGCGUCGUCUGAUGUUCUAGUAUUCAGUGUGUGUGAAGCUAUAUCCAUCUGCAUUGUAGCUAUCAGCAUGAUUAACAACGUUUGUCAUUAUUUCAUCUUCUUCGAAAUUCAGCGAACACUUCCCAGCUUCGUACGGUUCCGUCGCUCAGCUUUGCUUGUGCGAGUUCAUGACGUUGAGCAUCUCCGCAACCUGCGACAUGUGGAUCGUGCCACUUUGAUUACCCUUUCCACCUUUGCCUCUAGAACUACUAGAUGAGGCUCCGGUAGUCCAUCUUCCUUGUCCCAGUUGCAGGGCUUGUGUGUUAUGCCAGCACUCGGAGGACUUGCGUCCAACCUUGUGGCAGCAAGCACAGCGGGGUGGAUAGGUAUUCUCACUUCCUUUUCCUUUAUCUUUCUUCGGCUUUUGUCCGCCGUUCUUUCCUCCUUUGGGUUGGUACCCGUAGGAGUUGUAGACCUCGGCGAUUGCCUUCUUCUUUUCUUUCUGCUUGAAACGCUUGAGGGCGUUAGCGGAAGUGAAGGCCUUACCAUCUGCCUUAUUGGCCUCUACCUCGUCAUCGUCCUCAUUCUUAUCAUCACGAGGACGCUUGUUCGAGGUUUCCUGAACAUUGGCCGGAAACGCUUUCCCGAAGGAAUCGCUCUCAACUUUGUAGGUUCCCUCCUCGAUCAACGUUGUGAGACGUUUCUCAAGUCGGUCUCCAAUUUGGUCAAAUGUCAGGCCGUCUUCUUCUUGCAUCUGCUCGGUAGUCGCCUUGAAGUUCUUGCAGAACAACUCGGGCAACUUCUGCGGGAUCGCUCCGUUCUGUUGAUCAGCUUCGGGCAGAUCUGCACCCGGCGGAAAGACGGUGGGCGAUUGGUUCAUGAUGUCGCGGAUCUUUGAGAGGAACUCCUUGACAUCAGCAGGCUGGUCGCUGUUGUGGAACUUCGUCAGUCCCUCCGACAACGGCUUGACCUUCAUGCGCUGCUCCUGGCGAUUGUUCGCAUUGAAGUUCCCUUGAUCACGAAGUAGAGCAACAACUUCACCAGCAUCCAUUUCGUCCACCGCGCCAUCAUUAUUCCGAUUGUCGACGAACGACUUGGCCGCACCUUUCAGACUUCGCGCGAUUGCGUCUUUCAGGUUGCGCCACUUCUGGCGGAUCGCGUCUUCGCGACUGGUGUUACCUUGUGGCACACCAUGCGGAACGGCCGGCACGUUGACUACAUUCGUGUAGUUCUCAAGUAAGCCUAAGCGACUAGCUUCUUGACGCACGGCUCGCUGCCACUCGCGCCAGUCGGAUUUCUGUCCCAACUUCUUGAGGAUCUCCCUGGCCUCGCAGGACAUUUUGAUGGAUUUGUUUAUUUUACUACACUACUUCCAAGCUUUAUUGAUACUUUUGCCGCUCAAGGGUUAGACCAGUGCUGGACCACAAGAGCACAGGCCUCCGCGCCAGGUUCGUUUCUCAGUGGAGACACAAUGUCUGAAUCUUGAUAGCAAGCAAGUCUGUCUUGACAUCCCUGCCUGAGACUUAUGGUCUCUGGCUGGUGUAGUCCCUGUUUGGUUCAUUGGGUAAGAUGAGUCAUACAUCACCAACAUAAGCAUGCCAGAAGGGAUCGGGCUGAACAUGCAUCAUACGACUAGGAUCAGCACGGCCGUGCCUAGUCUACGCAUUGAUCAUUAUGAUUAUGCAUUGAUUGUGCUUUGGAAGUAGCAUUCAUGAUCAUUGGCAUUCGCGUCCGUGUGAGAUCAUCCCGGUGACAGUCGAGCACGAGGCUUGGCGUGAGCCACUGAGAACAGAACGACACGACAUCCGAGAGGCUUGAACCAUACAUGACCAACAAAAUUCGAAGCAUACAAUUUAAAACUUAAACUCUAAAUCAAAAAUCAAAUCCAAGGCGAAACUUCACAAGUAAAGAGAUUAGUUCGGCAUAGACAUCGAUAAUAUUAAUAUUAAUUAGCUCUUCUUUUUGCUAGGUGUGUGUGUAAUAAAGGAGCGCUCAUGCUGUAGGAAGUGAGGAGUCUAAGUCUGGAAGUGGAUGAUCUGAGGGAAAGAACGUGACACAUUGAUUGUUCGUACUCGAUGUUGUAGGGGAAUCUUUCGCGUGAGACCAUUUCGUCACGGUUAGUGUCUCUGCAUUAAUCUCAUUAGAACCGAUUCACAUUAAGAAAAUACUGACUAUCAAGAAGAUACUGACUGUAGGAGAUACAACUUAUUAGACCAUACUAGAAAGGGUAAACUACUACUAUUGUAUAUGAUUUUGAGGCCAUUUUCAGGGUAAAAAACUACUUCUACCAAUACUACUAAUAUUACUAGAAAUUAUAAGAAUAACCAUACAACAAGCAAGAAGAUGCCAGUACUCGCGUUGCCCGUUCACUAGAUACGAGCCAGUAGAUUAGUUAUUUAACUGCUUCUAGAUAUAAUACGACGAGAAAGAUGUUGAGAAUGAAAAUGGCAAACGCGAAGAUGUGUGCGUCUUGGGCACACAUCUUUUGCAACCUGUUGAAGAUGGCCGUCGCAUCGUGGAGCUUCAUCCACCUUGGGGGUGUACUUCAGGGCGUGCACGCAGCUGGGCAACUAUUUCAUGUCACAGCGACAUCUUCAACAUCUACAAGCAGUGCCAAGAGUCUUCAAGUAGAAAAUGCGGCUGGUUUUUUCGACAAGGAGACCUACAGUCGUGGGAGUAAAGAUUCAUCUCCUAUGUCGCCAGACCCUAAAAGUGCCUUGACAGGCACCGGGCGCGUCGUUUGGGAAGGCAUCUUCACAUCCGAUGAGGACAUGCUGUCCAACGUGGGAGCUGUCCUUUCUCCUCCGGGAACGGGAAGAAUGGUGUCUCAGAGAAACGCAGAGGCUAUUCGAGAAGCGAUGAAGAAAGGCAGUCAGGAAGUGGAAAGGCCUCAAACAUGUGGUGAAUUUGAAACGAACAUCGAAAAGGUUCCUGGUCCAAGCUCUGGACCCCUUACACCACGACCACGAGCCAGACGCUCAGAAGAUGAAGUAGAACCCUUGCGAGUGGGUGAGUCGACCCAGCAACAAGAAUUUCGGCCGGGUUUUCUUCGUGUGCAAGGUCACCUCCAUGGUGAGACAGCACGCUCAUCCUCUCAGCAGCAAGAACUACAGACACAAACAAGUCGUGCUGUACGGUCACGCCUGUCAACUCCUGGCCUAGCAGCUGUGCCAACUCGUAAAGAAAAAAGUCGCCCUCUCCUGUCCUUUGCCGAACUCCGUCCUCAGAUGUCACUGCUUGUUGGUCCUAAGGAUUGCCCUGCAGACGCACACGCAGAGAACCAAGGAAACGGACAUGAGGAUCUUCAUGAAGAUGGACCACAAGGCCACGCCCUCCAGCAAGAUGUUCAUGAUCUUCAAGAUCAUGCUGGACAAGUAGGACACGGAGGCCUUCAUGUCCAACAAGAUGGUCUACAAGAUUUUGAGACAGUACGUCGCCGGGGGGCUGCUUUGUUUUGCGAUGAUAUGAAACGGCGUUUGGGUCUGGAAGGUCCAGUCCCUGAUCAGGGUCCUGCUCAUCUACCAGGCAAUCCGCAGCGUGCGAUCUUUGCGAGUGACGGAAAAAAUUCGCAUCCUGAUGGUAAGCGAAUGACGUUUGAAGACGCGGUCGCCCUUUCCGGUCAACCGGUUUUCUACGGUCAGCAGUCUUCACCUUUUGCCUCAUCUGGAUCUAGGCCAUGUGCAUCAAGCCCAUUUUCGUCAGCUCCUCCACUACCAUUUGCGUUUGGGUCUAGUCCAUUUGUAUUGACUCCGUUCUCCUCGUCCAGUUCCACUGCUGCCAUUGCAGGAGCUGCCGUAUACGGUCCGACGGAUGCUUCCUUGAGUACAUUGAUGUCUCUCGCAGACCAACAGCAAAAACGUUUUGAAGAAGAACUUCGCUCCUGCAUGUUAGGUCAAGACCAAGCGCCUUACCCUAGUCAAGCACAUGGGGAUCGAUCUUCGAGCAGUUCGAGCGCGCCUUCUAGGAGCCAAGGUCCUCCUGCCGAGCAGGUGGCCUUCGGCUCGGCUGCUCUCUUUGUAGGUCAGGAGAAGCAAAUACGCUGUGAGGAUGAACCUUUCUUGACAACUUUCCUGGGAGGGUAAGUGGUUUUUAAUCAAAUGUAGUGGUGGGCUCUUGAAGCUAGUGGAGACAUUAGGGGAUGUGUU